UCUGAGUUUUUGAAGUGUGCCCUCAAAAGCCCCUCAAAUUCUCUGAAGUGCUUCAGUAAUUCAUUCAGGCCAACAAUGGCAGCUCCUGAUCUUCAUACCCUGGCCUCUGUUUUUGGCAUAUUAGGUACCUCCGUCUCCUUCCUCGUCUUACUAGCCCCACUCUUGACAUUUUAUGAGAUAUACAAGAGAAAAUCUGCAGACGGGUUCCAAUCUUUACCAUAUUCAGUUGCUCUGUUCAGUGCAAUGUUAAUGUUAUACUAUGCCUACUUGAAAACAAAUUCUCCUUUGCUCUUGGGAAUUAAUACAUUUGGCUCCAUCAUGGAAACUAUAUACCUUAUAGUUUACAUGAUCUAUGCACCCUCCAAACCCAGGAUUUUCACGGCAAAACUGUUGGCCUUGUUCAAUAUUUUGGCAUAUGGGGUGAUAGUAGCUAUCACUUACCAAAUCCCAAAUCGUUUCCUGCAGAUUAAAGUCGUUGGAUGCAUCAAUGUCAUCUUCUCCGUCUGCGUUUUUGCUGCACCACUUGGCAUUCUGAGGCUGGUUGUUAAAACGAAGAGUACGGAAUACAUGUCUUUGCCACUAUCAUUGUGCUUGACUCUUUGUGCUAUCAUGUGGUUCUGCUAUGGGAUAUUGAUCAAGGAUUUGUUUGUAGCGGCCCCAAAUAUCUUAGGGCUUACAUUUGGAAUGGCGCAGAAUGAUUUUGUUACGUGGUUUACAGGAACACCCAGAAGCCCAUCUUACCAGAAUUCAAACUCAACGAGAUGCCAAACAGAGUUGCUGCAGCAAGUGAUGAAGUAA